AUGGAGAUUGUUCAGCAGGAGGAGGAGUCUGAGCUACAGGCAGAGCCUUCUGCUCCAAGCUCUGGCACCUUAAACUUUGUUUUUACAGUUAAAGACUUUCAGGUGUUGGGUGUUGAUCAAGUUUUUCUGAACAUCCCUGGCUCUACCUCUUCUUCCACAAACGUCAGCAUAGCAGAAUCUGUCAGCCCUUUGUCCAGUAAGAGAGCAGAAAUGAACAUCCUAGAAAUCAACCAGGAAUUGCGCUCACAGCUGAAAAUGAGUGAACAGCAGUUCUAGGACCUCAAAGAGAAAUUUCUUGUCUCUGAAGCUCCUGCCUACUGUCUGACCAACCAGUUACAGAAAUACAAGUGUGAGGAGCACAAAGGCAUCACAGAAUCUGUGCUGGGGGAGAAGAUGCAGUUCAAGGAGGAGAAGCUGGCAGAGAAGUCGACACAAGCUGAGGAGCUCAGGCGAUACAAAGCCUUAGUUCACUCUCAGGCACUAGAGCUGACCCAGCUGAGGAAGAAGUUACGGGAAGGGAGAGAGGCCUCCCUCUUACUCAGUCAGCAUCUCAAGGCCCUUCUCACUGAUGAUGACCCUGACAACCACCAGGGGCAGGACCUCCGAGAGCAGCUGGCUGAGGGGCGCAGGCUGGCAGAGUGCCUUGUCCGCAAGCUCAGCCCAGAAAAUGAUGAAGUUGGGAAUGAAGAUGCUAAAGAUGAGAAAGUUGAAAAGGUCCAAGGACCACUUGCCUCCAGGGAGGUACAGGAGACUGAAGAAAAGGAAGUCCCUCAGAACUCACUGGAGGAAUAUUCUGCCACUUGUUCAAUUUGUCAUGACCCUUCUGACUCCCACCAGCCUCAGAGGAGUGCCAGAAUCACACCCGAGGAAGAGAAAGUCAACUUUGCUCUGGAUGUAUGCAGUGAAUCUUCACAUUACGAAGAAGAGGAGGAAGUGCUAAACAUUCUCCCAGAAAAUCACAAUGAUAAUGAGGAAGAGGAAGGGAAACAGUCAGUGUCCCCCAGUAUCCUGCAAUCAGUUGACCCAAGUGAACUCACCAAACUCAUGGAUUUUUUGAUAUCACCUGUCCUCUUCCAUGUGGUUAAAUCCAGGCUGAGAUACACCCUGUUAGGUGUCAACUUGUUGGCAAGAGUCUGUAGUCCCCGGCCCCCUUGGUUUAACCUUAGACCUUCCUACCCCAUCAGUCUCAGCAAGGAGGUGCCACAGGUGGCAGAGCAUGAAGUCCUCCAAGAGCCACGGGAUGAAUGUUGUUUGACUCCAUUGAUUCCUGCUGACCCAUCUGGCUCCCAUCUGUCUUACAGAAGCACCUUGUACUCAUUUGAGAAACAGCAAGUCUGCUUGGCUCUUGUGACAGAACUUGAACAUGACCAAGAGGAUGUGAAGGACCAAGACCCAUCAGGCCCUAGAUACAGCAGGCAGCUGCUGGAGGUAGAAGAGCUCGAUGUCACAGAGGACUCACUGGGUGAAAGUUACUUGACUCCUUCGACUGAAUAUGACCUAUGUGACUGCUACCAGACUUACAGUAGCACCUUGUGCUCAUUGGAGAAACAGCUCACCUGCUGUGCUCUGGAUGCAGCCUUUCCCACCCAGGAGGCCUGUCCCCAAGGGCCUUGGAGUGGAGACUUGAGUCACCACCUGUCAGAGGUGCAAUCUUCACAUGCACAGCUGGAGCCAAGCACCCUGCUGGUCAUGCUCUUCCAUGGGCCCACAGCCCUGCUGGGGUAUCUCAAACUGGGUUCGCAGGAACGAGUUGAGUUAGUAUUACUCAAGGUCAACAUCAUCUUCAUGAAUCUCAAGGCAAAAGCUGCCCUUUCUCUUCUGCUGUGUUAG